UUCUGGCACAAGUCAUGUUUCCACUGCGAGACCUGCAAGAUGACCCUCAACAUGAAAAACUACAAGGGCUACGAGAAGAAGCCGUAUUGCAACGCACACUACCCCAAGCAGUCCUUCACCAUGGUGGCAGACACACCCGAGAACCUGCGCCUCAAGCAGCAGAGUGAGCUCCAGAGCCAGAUUCGCUACAAGGAGGAGUUUGAGAAGAACAAGGGGAAAGGCUUCAGUGUGGUGGCUGACACCCCGGAGCUGCAGAGAAUCAAAAAGACUCAGGAUCAGAUCAGCAACAUAAAAUACCACGAAGAGUUCGAGAGGAGCAGGAUGGGCCCGAGUCCCAGCGAGGGCGCUGAGCUGGAGCGCAGGAACUCCCAGGAGAGCAGCAGUUACCGGAGACCCGCAGAGCAGCAGCAGCAGCCGCCGUCCCACCACGUCCCGCCCAGCAACCCGGUGUACCAGCAGCAGCAGCAGCCAUCCCAGUCCUACGGCUACAAGGAGCCGGCGGCACCGGCCUCUACACAGCGCAGCGCUCCUGCUGGAGGGGGGAAGCGUUUCCGCGCCGUCUACGAUUACAACGCGGCCGACGAGGACGAGGUUUCGUUCCAGGACGGGGACACCAUCAUCAACGUGCAGCAGAUCGACGACGGGUGGAUGUACGGGACGGUGGAGCGCACGGGCGACACGGGGAUGCUCCCCGCCAACUACGUGGCUGCUCUGAAGAGCACCUAA